GCUGCCAGCAGCAACGGCAGCAACACACGUGCUGCGUUCACCUCCCAGUAUCACACACACACACACACACUCACACACUCUCUCAGCGUAUUCACGCACUGAGCAGCGGCGCUACCCACCGCACACACACACACAGACGGACGUGACGAUGCCUCUACGUGGGAUGACGUCGGCCGGGUCGCCGCUCCUAUACAGCGGGAUGGCCGACGCGUUCGGCGGCACAGCGGAGACGUGUGUGUCGUCGGUGCUGAGCGAGCACGCGGGGGAGCUCGUACGCACGGGCAGUCCGAACUUCGUCUGCUCCGUGCUGCCGUCGCACUGGCGCUCGAACAAGACGCUGCCGGUCGCCUUCAAGGUAGUGGCGCUGGGCGACGUCGCCGACGGCACGCGCGUCACCAUCAAGGCCGGCAACGACGAGAACUACUGCGCCGAGCUGCGCAACGCGACGGCGACGAUCAGCAACCAGGUGGCGAAAUUCAACGACCUGCGCUUCGUCGGACGGUCGGGUCGCGGUAAAAGCUUCAACCUGACCAUCAUAGUUGGAACAUGUCCGCCGCAGGUUGCAACUUAUCACAAGGCUAUCAAGGUGACCGUGGACGGGCCGAGGGAACCCCGUAGCAAACAACGCUUUCCCGAUAUCAAGCUGAUGUCAUGCGAUGACAGGGCCACUCGCCGCCGCCAUUCCAGCGAGGGACGGUUCGACCACAUGCACUGCCUCCAACGGGAGAACGCGGAACUACGGAAGAGUCCACGCCGGCUAUUAGAGAGUCUGGAUGGCGGGCAGCGUCGCACGGGCCCCUGGUCGGACACCCCCGCCCAGCAGUCUGCCUACCGGCUGCCGAUGUCAUUCCGCAUGAAUGCAGCACCCUACUCCGCUGGUGCGCCUCACCCCGCGCCGCAGCCUCCGCUACACGAGGAGGUGGAGGGGGAGGGGGAGCGGCGCCCACUGCUAGAUCUCUCCGUGGACACGAGCACCGAUACGAUUCGGGGCGACCAAAGGUCACCACCGAGGUCACCACAAAUGUCACCACAAAGGUCACCGGUGAGGUUAUCACAAGAGUCACCAGCAUUGUCACCACAGAGGUCUCCACCGAAGUUACCGGUGAUGUCACCACCGAGGUCACUGGCGAUGUCACCACCGAGGUCACCGGCGAUGUCACCACCGAGGUCACCGGCGAUGUCACCACCGAGGUCACCGGUGAGGUCAUCGGGACUCUCCGAGAACAAAUCGCAGUCGUCGCAGAAGGAGAGCGUGGAGGAGAGACUGCCGCUGCGAGCCCUCACGUCGUCGCAGCCGCCCGUCCCUCACACCAUCGACAAAGGUCGCGAUGCCACCAGUCACAGUCACAAACACAGAUUACUCCGUGAUUGGAUUCACGAUGCGCCGAAAGCAUUCCAGCCGUACGAGAUAGCCGUCACCGUUCACGAGAUCUCGCACCACGAGAUGACCUCCUACCGCGCCCUACCGCGCGAUGACGUCAUCGACCGUGACGUCACGCGCCACGAGACGACCUACCGCGGCCUCCUUCACGAUGACGUCACCGACCGUGACGUCACGCGUCACGAGACGACUUGCCACCGCAGCCGCCCUCACGAUAGCGUCACGGGCCGUGACGUUGCGGUUCACGAAUUAAGCACGUCGGCCGCCUACGAUGACGUCACGCGCCAGCGCGCGACGCGCUGCAGCCCGGACGGUGAGAGAAGCCCCUACGAUGACGUCGUCCGCAGCCGCGACGGCGCGCGUCACGAGCUCGGCGACGUCAUCAGGAGCGCCUAUGGUGACGUCAUCAAAAGCGCCUACGAUGAUGUCAUCCGGCAGAACAUCGCGCGCUGCGACAACGACGACGACGCGACGCGGCGGCAGUCGACGACCGGCGAGCUGGAGUCGGCGCGGAAGCAGAGCAGGGAAGCCAUGUGGGAGAUGAUGGAGGUGGACGGAGAGAGAGAGAAGCUGCUGAAGGAUGCUCACGGGUACCCGCUAGCGUUGACCGACAUGCGCGACGUGUACCCGCCCAGCUGGACCUACUCGCUUCCCACCUCCCUGCCGGUGCCCCUCGUCGGCUCCCAAGCCUCCCUCAACCCCCUACUCGCUCCUUACCCAUUCUACCCGCCGACGAGUCUCUAUCAGGCACCUCUGCCUCUUAUCUACCCACACGUGUACUCGCUGACGGAGUCUGAGUACAGACGCGCGAUAGAGAGCGUCAACGCGUCUAUGUACCGAUCUGAAGCGGUGUGCCGAGCGGCGACGCUCGACGAUCGCGUGACGGCCGGAGAUGACCGAAGUCUGCCGGAGACGGCCGCGAGGAAUGUGUGGCGGCCAUAUUGA